AAUUUGAUUAUGAAAAUUCAUUCAAACCAUCAUGAAAAUCGUAUUGUGGCUUGUUUAGCUCUCACAACAGAAACGGUGAAGGAUAGGCGAAUAUUAUCUGAACAAUUGGAUGUCAUUUAAGCUUUCUGUAGUAUUUUAUCUGAUAUUAUGACUGACAUUCACACCAAUAUGAGGAUGAAGGCAUAAGCAGUCAUGGGGAAAUAUUCAAAGACUGCAAAACACUCCAGCAUAAGGAGAACUGCUGAAGAAGGACGGCGAGAGGAAUAAAAAAAAAUUGAGAAUUCUGAUUAUUCUUCAAUACUGUCAACUUUUCCAGGACUGGAGCUGGACUAUGACUGGCCAAGCAAACACAGCAUCCUAUUGCCUACAGGGAGGCAAUACCAUGACCGCAGAGCUGCCGCAGGACUCUGAUGAAGAUACCACAGACCUGUGGAACAUCCUCUUCAGACGACAACACCUCCAACAACGCCUUCAGUUUCUACAGGAGGUCCAAAAGAGGAACUCCAAAAUAGAAGGUAACCUUGCAAACGAAGAUGGCCCUUCAGAACUGGACAAAAUCGAGGAGGAGUUGGAGUUACUGGAGCAAAAAGAGAAGGAUCUUAUUGAGAAAAACAGCAAAUGGUCGACAACACAGUUCACAGACAAAGAUCCGAAUCAGGCUGCAGUACAAGGACUCUACAUUCUUCCUGUUUCUCCUAAUGCUCUCCAAAUGGAAAAAACAGGAACUAUUUCCUCUAUCAGUGCUCUGCAAGAAGAAAACACAGAGACCACAGUAAAACUUGAAGAUGUCACCAUGUCCCCUGCCAACGUGAAAUGCCCUUCUUGCCAUAAGACCGUCACUACUGAGAUUCGCUAUAAAGUGGGCAGCAAUGCCUUCCUCUUUUGCUGUCUCUUGUCUGUGGUGGGGUGUCUGGCCGGAUGUUGCCUGGUCCCCUUCUGUAUGGAUCGCUUCAAAGAUGUCGCCCACAUUUGUCCGUCCUGCCACAAAGACAUCUGUGCAGUAAAUAGGUUUUGAGCAUAAUGUUUCAGAUCGGUGAUACUGUGACUGUAACAACAUCAGAGGAGCCUGAGCACAGCGUGUUUUACAGAGAAAGGGAUUUUUUAUCUCUAUUCUAGCGACAGAAUUGUUUGGGAAGCCAAUGUAUGCUUUGAGAUGCAGUCAAGCAAUUAAUAACUGUGCUAAUGACAUGCUUAUAGGGUGAUAGCUAGUCAUGAGUUGUGAUGGAAGAAGUACGCAAAUCAUGUAGCAUAUUGGCUCAUUUUGAGUCAGAUAUGACCAAAUCAUGGUUUAUUAACCAGAGUUGUUUGCUAUACAGUUGAAUGGGUUAAACUUAGUGUGAAUCGCUUUAACCAGUUGACAAGUUUAUUAAUCAUCACUAUGCCUUGGAGUGGGUCUUUAUUUCUUCAUUUCAUUUUGUUUUUGAAAUGUAAAGCAUUACGUCUCCUCAAUUAAAAUACUCCUAAAGUAUCAAUAUUUGAAAUACAUACAGGCAUGAACAAUGUGGAUAGUAACAAUGAUCUGGAUAACAAUCCAAGCCCUUGAGAGAUUCGAUGUUUAUCAAUACAAUGUCUUUUUUAACAGCAUAAUAUAUUCAAACUGGAAUGGUCAGGUUUGAGUGACAUUUGUGAUUCUACAAAUAUUUAUAUAUCACUAAUAGUCAGGUAAAUGAGCCUUAAGGACAGUUAUAGGAAAUAUAUUGUAAAUAAAUGUCACUAUUUUUGUAAAUGAAACUUUCUAAUGCAUCAUGAAGACCCUAAGAGUCCCAUUUGAAAAAAUGUGUCAUAUAUACUCAGAAUAGAAAAAAAACAUCUCUUGUGGCAAAUAAACAAUAACAGACACAUUUUCUGCAUGUCAUUCCUCUGAUAUAUUUAAGAGACUCUAAAACAUCAUUUAUGACAGUAUUUUCACAAUACAUACAUUUUCAUUGACACGUGAUGGCGUAUAUAGUCGUAUCUUUAAAACUAUUCACAAAAUAUAGCUCAUGGAUGCGCCAGACGAUGUAUAAAAAUAUGUAUUACAUCCAUUAAAAUAUAUACACAAUGUGCAAAACAUAUGGCAUACAAAUGAUGAUUGAUCUCCCGCUUUGUAGGAUGUUCAAAGGCGGCGGGAAAUAUCGCCCAGUGUCAUCACCACUGAUACAUAAUAUACAUUUAAUAUUUGAUAAAGAGCAUGACAUCUACAGUAGAUGAGUCCAGCAGACGUUAUUGAAAAUGAGAAGUUUGACAUCCUAAAUGGCAAAAACACAAGCCACGGUGUUUCUAAUCUCAGUCAAAACAGGCGUCCAAGCAACUAGAUGAUAUAAAACUGAACAUCUCAUCUACUGCAUAUACUGUAUUCAAUACAGCACUGUAUAUAAAAUGCAAGUUAUUGCUUUACUCUCCAACUGCACUAUUAAACAAAGACGGGACACUUGUAUUGACUUCAUCUCUAAACUUUUUACAAUCAACUAAA